GGACGGACCUCCGACAAGGCUGAGAGAACAUACUCUACUUGCCUUGCCCCAUAGACAGACUCCCACCGCCUUGCGCCUUGCCAACACUCUCUGCCCCACCAUACAGUACACUUCCGUCUCCAACCACUGCUUCAAUCGCCAUGGACGCCAUGGACUUGACUGAUGAUGAUGUUGCCUUCUUGAAGAUAUGCUCGUCCGGCGCACAGAUAGACUAUGCCGUGUGGCCAGCUCUGGUCUCCCGCCUCAUAUAUAGGCUAGAGAAGGUCAUUCCAAGCCAGUUCCCAGUCCCGUCAGCGCCUCGAUCGCCAUCAAGUGUCACAGCUUCCCCAAAUACCUUACAAGCACAAAAAACACCGCCGUCGCCAUCAGCAGAUAAUUCGAGUCAGAGUGUGGCAGACUUAGCUCAAUCGGCAGACAAGGAGAACAUCACCCCAACGCCCGCGCAGAAUACCAGUACCUUCGACCCAAACUCAGCAAUUGCGACUAGCUCCCUCCAUCCUCAACUCGACUCCCUCCUCAGUUCUAUAGUCUCGACUCUCAACACUCACUUCACGUCAUAUCCUCCCCAUACUAUCCAGCGGCUGUCAGAGCUCAUUCUUCAACCAAAACUCCACUACCGCAGCCUGCCUGCAUAUCUACACGCGUUCGAUCGCGUCGUCCAUGUUACAUCUGGCGCACAUUUAUACCCCCUGCCAGCACCAGUGCCCGAUGCCAAUGGCGCCAAGAUCCUUACCAACGGUAUAUCCAGUGGCCCUGACCCAGAAUCAGUAUCCUGGGGUAAUUCAACACAAGUCCAGCCCAACCUCGGCAGCGACGAAAGCCUGGGUGGUGCUUUGCUGACUCCAAUCUCAUGGAUCAAAUCGAUUUCGGCUGCGAAUGGAGAGGCCGCAGCUUCUGAUAUGGAAGGCGAGGUCAAGACGGAGAGGACGGAAACUAUUGAUGGCCCGAAUGGAGCUGGUAGCAUCGAAACGGUUUCUGUGUCGGUGAAUGGCGUUUCAUCAACCACGCUGGCUGCUGUUGGUGACAGCAACAACAACAGUGAGAGUGGACUACGGGCCGAGGGUGGUGUUACGCAAGGAGAGCUCUUGCGGCAAGAACAGCGCGCAGGGGUAGUACCUGCAACUCAACUCGCCCACAUGCAGCCGCAUCCCAAUGGCGAUGGCGAAGAAGAUGAGACGCCGCAUGUCCGUGGCCCUGAGGAGAUUGGUAUGGAGGAUAUGGGACCUCAAGGCUCGGGGAAUAAUCUGCGACAUGGCAUACAGGGCAUCGAUGUUGAAGCCGCGGUUGGGAGGAAAGUCGAGGCCUUAGAGGGCGAGGAAACUGAAGAGAAGCCCUCUACCCCAAAGAGGGAGGCUGAUGAAGAGAUUCAGGCUAGUAGUAAGAGGGUCAAGGACGAAAAUGAUGGUGAUGAAGAUAUGACGGGCGCUACUGAUGCUGGGAAUGAUGAGAAGUAAGGACGGGAGGAACCCACAGGUUCCAUUUUCCAAUUAUUUGCGGCACAUCUGUUUUUAUAUGAAGUGGCUCCUGGGUAUGGGAAAGGUCGCCUCAAAUGACUCAUGUCUUCAGCUCGUGCAGUUUGAAUCGGAUGACAUGGAAGUUAUUAGAUUCCAUGGGCGUUUUAGUUACUAUGCGUGGGCACUUGCACCAUUAGGGAUCUUUGAAUUGUAUAAUAUCCAUUAACUUGUUCUACAUAUACAUAUUGUUACAGUAAUCUACACAGGAUAUCCGCAAUCAGCUCUUGUACGAAUCCUUCC